GACAUGCUGGUGUCUGAAAUAUGCUUGACUACAUGUACAUGUGUACGGUUUAGACUUUAGGACUAACGUGGACAUACGCCUCUACUAAUACAUGUUAACAUAGGUUUUUUUAUAUAAGAUACCAACAUCUGCAGAUUAUUACUGGUACAUGUAUGCAACUAGACAACUUAACAUUCAAAAGGAAGCAAAAUGAUAAAGGGAUAUUUUACAUGUAAGUUUGUCCUUUUGUUUCUUUGCUUUAGAAAAUCUCACUGAUAAAAUGCAGCAAAUUAACAUAUGAAAACUAAAAGAGGUAAACUGGUCAUGGAUUAUCAAAGUUUUUUAUGUCAAUCUUUGCUUCAUUUAUAAUUUUGUUUUUGUCCAUCAUGUUUAAUUUAUCCAGGUUAAUUGCCUUAUGGGCAACUCAAAUAACACAUCCAUGUGGAUCACCUCUCAGUUGUCUCCCUUUAUUCUGCCUGCACAUGCUACAUGUAUGAUAGCUCAUUUGAUUCAAGCUUACCCAUUCUUAAUUAUCUGCACUUAUAUAAUGGUGGUUAAGGUUGUACAUGGAGAUGGUGAUGCAGAAUUAACAGAUAAAUGAUUGAGUUACCAAUUUAGUAUCUGUUAAUCUCCUCUUAAUGCGGCCACAUGUGGGAAGGUCUGUCAGUAACCGGCGGAUGGUUGUGGGUUUUCACCGGGCUCUGCCCUGUUUCCUCCCACCAUAAUUCUGGUUGCCGUCGUAUAAGUGAAAUAAUACUUGAGUACGGCGUAAAACACCAAUCAAAUAAAUAAAUCUCCUCAUAAAGAUGUGUACGUCAACUGAAUUAUCCUUUAAAGUGCUGGAAAACAUAGGUUAUUGGUUCCUUAAAAUUCCUUGAAUUCUUUUCAGUGUUUGGGAACCCUGGACUUCUUUUUUUAUUCAGUUUUCUUUGCACACAGUUCUGUUUCAUAUUUUCAGUGUCUUCUCUUAUUCUAUUUAUGGAUGAUCUGUGUUUUACGAGGAGAAGCUGAAAAACUCUCAGCCUUAGGGACCAUGAGUCAUCUUAUCUGCUCAUUGUACAUUAAGUAAUUAAGCAGGCCCUUAUCAAGUAUAAAGAAAACUACAUUUCAUUAAGAUCAUUAUGCUCUUACUGGAAUGAGAAACAUCACCAUGUCUGACAAAUCUUUCCUCAGGUCAAGAACUUCUCAGCCUUCCAUUGUACAUACUGCAAAUCUUUGAUGAUUUUCUACUCUGCCCACAGUUUUGUUUCAUCAUUAUCUACCCUUACUCUAUUUGACGGAAUCUUUUAUGUGGGAAUGUUAAAGUGUUAAAUCAGAUAAUGGAUCAGAAUGGUUGGGUACAACAUGUAUCUUACAUUAUACAAUGUCUGUUUCUCUUUUCCUUGUUUUAGGAGCUCUUAAACAGAAAAUCAUACAGUAGUUCAUGCCAGGAGGUAAACUAAUUGAUUUUUAACUACAUGUGUAUCUGGGUCUUAUUUAUAUGUCUGCUUUCUUUCAUUGUAUCAUUUUAGUUGUUUACAUCAAACUUGGUUGUUUGCACAUGGGUAACAAAAAUCUUUUCUCGGGGUCUCACUCCUUAGUUGUCUCCCCUUAUUCUGUACUGGCAUAUAAAUCUGCGUGUGGUGUACACUGCAGCUUGUAGUUGAAUUUAUGGGUAUGGAUGCAAUAUUAACAUUGGCAUUAAAAUUGCUAAAAUAUUAGCUUAUUCAAAACUUAUGUACACAAUUCCUUAAGCACCAAUGUCAGUUUUGGUGAGGCAUUAUUUUAUUCUGUGCGCAUAACUUUCUCUUGCAGAACACAAAGCUUUUUCUCUUCAGUUUUAACUGGUUUCUUAUUGGUUUGGGAAGAUUCACAAGGUCAGCAAAGCUUUAAAUAGGUAAACCAUGACCAAAAUGGACAGUGAGCAGGAAGCAGAGGAACUGCUUAGCAAGCCCAAGACGGCCACGUCGGAGCAGGUGGAAAUGAACAAUUUGGACGGCGAUGGCCACUCUGCCAACUUCAAACCACAAAACUCUGUGGUCAAGUUCGACAGUAAGCCAUCCCACAAGAAAAAACAUGGCUCGACCAAGAGGGAUCACGGGAAAAGGAAGGCUAGUAAGUCUGGGGACAACGGUGACGUCAGUGGGGACAGCGACAAUAAUGAAUCAUAUGUGCAGGUGGACAGACAUAUGCCAAUGUUCCGACACAGGAACAGCACCAGCCUGGUCCGGGCCACCAUCGACAUACCUGGGGAAUCUCUCAAAAAGAUUAAGAAAAAGCGACAAAGGCCACCUGGACUUGGACUGAAGAUUGUUGUGGUAAUUUUGUUUCUGAUGAUUCUUGUCGGGGUGCUGGUCACCUGGUCAUUCUACAAGGAAGAGAGGCUGGCAAUCUUGAGCGGACAAAAGUUUCGUUUUAUGGAAGAUACGAGGACGCUGUACCUGGCAUUUGACAGCAGUGACCCCGUGGAGGAAGGGGUAUUAGGCCUGAAUCUGCCAAGCUGGCAGCUACCCAAGAGCUGUUCCGAUGAAUGGGAGGAGAUUAACAAACUGUGUUACUGGUGGAGAAAUGGUGCUUCGCUCAAAGUCCUCUACUACAAACUCAACUCCAUGCAUUGUUACAAUGUCACCUGGGAAAGUCUGAAUCGUAACAUAGAGCCAAAGGAUUGUUACGAUAUUGGCAUCCUGGACUGGUACGGAUUGUCGGCCAAUAUCCGUGGGUCACAUCAUACCCUCUCCGCCCAAAACUUCUCUUACGUACCCCUGGUUCCUGGUGGAGGUAGGGUGCUAGGAUCUGUGGUGGAGCGCUACUGGCUGGCAUCCAACGGCAUUGCUUUCAUCACCAGCGAAGAAGACCCCAUUUUGCUGAGCUGGAACAACGAUUUACCUGAUAAGUUCUGCAUUUGGUCUUCGUAUCGCCAUCCUUUCUAUGCAAGAAAAACGGCUGGUAAUCUGUCCCACCUGCACUAUACGAUGUGUAAAGCAGACAAUAUGGAAACCACACACCUGGCCAUGAGGCAGUUCUUCAACACAGCUCCGAGUCCACAGACGCCAGUUCUCCGGGAUUGGCUGCGGACACCAGUAUGGGCUAUCGGGCCUGUUAACCUCACCAACGUCACUGAACCUUUACAUGCCAUGGCUCUGGAUCUUAUAGACUUCCUGGACAGUAACUCAACUCAGUCCUGUGGGGUGGUAGAGUUGGACUUUGGUUGGGAGACUUAUUUGGGAGACUUGGCAUUCAAGACAGAAGACCUGGAGGAUAUAACUUUGAUGUUACAGAACCUCUCUUCUCAUGGCUGCCAGCUCUCUUUGCCUGUUAGCCUCUUCAGUCAUUUUCUCUCAAGAAACUUUGAUUACUUAUUGAGAAAGAAUUAUUUCGUUCGCGAUGCUGGAGGGGAUGCUGUAGGAUUGACCAAGUGGCAAGGAGACCAGUUGGCCUACCUGGACAUCUCUAAUCCAGAUGCUGUGAAGUGGUUUCUUACAAAGCUUAAGAUUUUAAAGGCCAAAUUUGGCAUACACACCUUCAAAUUUUUACAUGGAGAAUCAGGAAUCUUGCCGUUUAAGGCGCAGUUCAAGGAGACUUUUGAUCCCGUGUGGUACACCACAACGUACAAUUAUCUGGUGACAAAUUUCACCAACACGACCUUAAUGCACUCUGGCAUGGGCACUCAGAACCUGCCAAUAGCUAUCAGCAUCAUGGGCAGGCUAGAAAUGAGGGGGCCUGAUCGAUGCUUAACCGACAUUAUACCAUCUCUGCUGACUGCAGGGAUUCUUGGCUACCCAUAUUUGGCCCUAGACGGCUCUGAACUCUGGUCCCAGGGCAUAGUGGGCGAGGAUUUAUUCCUCAGGUGGACUCAAAUGUCCGCCUUCUUGCCUGUCAUGAAAGUGUACACUCCUCCGCACGGUUUCACUCCGCAGAACUUUGAACUGCUGAAGAACUGGACGCAGUUCCACAUCAAGACAAUUAUCCCACUGAUUAACAAGUUGGCCCAAGAGGUCAUGCACGGAGCACCCCUGAUUCGACCCAUUUGGUGGGUGGAUCCCCAGGACGCUGUCGCCCAGGGUAUAGGCGAUGAGUUCCUGGUGGGCAAUGAUAUUCUUGUGGCUCCAGUGCUUUGUGAGAAAACUCGGAAACGUAAUAUUUAUUUACCCUCUGGCAAAUGGAAGGACCCUCUGAAAAGACUGGACCUAGAUGGUGGUCGCUGGAUAUAUGACUACAGAAUCAACCUUGAAGAGAUUCCUUAUUUUCUAGCUAGCUAGAUAUGUAUGGCUGGCAGAUAAUCCAUGUAAUUAUGAAGUGACACCCACCAGUCAUGAUGUCACACUGCCAAGUAAUGGACAAGAAAACUGUGAUAAAAAUUAGCUUUUUUUUUCCAAAAGUUUCUUAUUAAAUAUGUGCCAUUUGUUCAUAUUCCUACUCAUUGUAAAGACCUCAAGGUGAACAGUUUUGAACUAUAUGCAUACUCAUUUCAUACACCUCACUCUUAACUUAGUUUAAAAUUUAUCCUUUCUCCAAGAAUUACAUUAUUGAAACUGCUGUAAGCAUUAGUUGCCAAAGGACUUGUUGGCAAACAUAGCACCGAAGACUUCUCUUGAACUUACACUUGCCAUUCACUUACACUCUUCAAUUGUUUGACUACAGGCAUUGCAAAAAUAGGUGUAUGGUCACACAUGUUGCAAAAACAUUUGUCUGACUUCACACUUGUGUACACAUUGUCUAACUUUAUUUGUCUGACCACAUGCUUUGUGACUACAUUUGUUUGACAAAACCUAUCUGACUACACAGUGUGUGACUACUCAUGUACAAGCUUAGAACUACGUACUGCAAUACUAAAUUGUCUGACUAAAUGUGACCAUGCUGUCACUUCAUUUAUCUGAUGCAAUGUGACCACAUUGAUCUGACCAAAUGUGACCACACUGCGACUGCAUAUGUCUGACCACAUGCAGUGUGACUACAUGUGCACAUCUCUGACCAAAUUUGACCACGGAGUGUGACUACAUCAGUAUGACCACAGUGUGACUUCAUCAAUCUGACCAAAUGUGACCACACUGUGUGACUACAUUGGUGUGGCCAAAUGUGACAACACUGUGACUAAUACAUGUAUGUCUGACCACAUGCUGUGUGACUACAUUUGCCUGACCAAAUGUGACCUCACUUUCACUUCAUUUGUCUGAUCAGAUGUGAUCAUACUGUUCUGACCACACGAGAUCAAACACGUCAGACUAGGCUCGAGCUCAGACAUCUUGCUUUGUAAACACUGUUGUAUGAGACUGUACAUUGGAGUGUUGGCUCUCAGCCAGAACAAUGUUGAGACAUAUGCCAAGCAGGUGGACAUGGAAUUUACAUGCAAGUUUAUAUAUAACUGCUAAAAACAUAUUUUCUGUGUAUCAGUAUGUUACACGUACAUUUUGCAUAAUUUUGGUUCAUUGCACUGUUCUGAUAGCACUUGCUUCAUCACAGUCACGCCAACCGCACAAGGGUUAAGGCAUUCACAUCAUUCCUGUAUAAACUAUGUAAGGUUAUGUGAUAAAUAUCUUUAUGAAAGAGAUCCUGUAUUUAUACAAGCAACUUUUGUGCUGGAAUAUUGGAAAGUAUUACAUAUAUUUGUAUACAGUGAAAAAGAGCCAAAGCUGAUUUCCAUUGCUGGGUAUCACUACUGCCCAUCCAUUCCCUUUAUUACAUGUUUUAUAUGCUUACAUAAACAUGAUGAAACUUACUUUGAAACCAUUUCGGUUAACAUUCAUAAGCACCAUGUGUUUCUUAGUCUUAAAUUUACGUUGUAAACUAGAAUACUCCAUGUCACAGCAAGGUAAAGUAUAUGCAACUAUAGUUAAAAGAAAGUAAUGGUGGGUACAGUAUUGAAAGUUCUGUUUACACAGUGAUUUAUUGUCAUAAAGAGUAAACUUCUGUAUAUUAUUUGUGAGUCCUGUACUCAAAGAAUGGGCUGGUUGAUUUUACACAGCAGAGUGGAUUGUGUGUGAUUUAUGGAUUAUAUAUGGUGACAGUUUAGAGACCUGUGUGUAAAUACUGAAUGAUAGAUAGUUGACUCUCUGUGGCCAUUUCAUAUUUAUGGUUGGUGCUUUUGUAGGCAGGCCACAAUCUCAAUUUUAUACAUGUUACUUCCUAGUGUAAAAAUUGUACACAUAUCUGGCAUGUUUUGUUAAAUAAUGUUUAAAGUGUACUUUCAUAUGGUUCACUGUAUACAUGUACAUCUGCAAAUGGCAAAAUCUUAGAAGUUUCUAAAAAAGUUUUGAAAGGAAAUGAAUAUCAAAGUAAUGGCAUACAUGUAGAUGCUGAGGUUUCUCAGCCUUCACUCAGGAUCACAUGGGAUUCAUUUAUAAAAUGUUUAUUUUGGAGGUUAUUGUUUUGUAUUGACAGAAACAAAAUUGGAUACCUUCAUGAAGGACUUGAGUUCACCAACCAUUGUCAAUUCUCUCCGAAGUAAGAUUAAUCAGGUGCAUUAAGGUUAAGUCAGGGUUGCUCUUUUUUAUGUACAAGCGAAAAGGUUUUUUAUACAGUACGUAAAAUGGUGUGUGAUUUUUAAAGAAUUUUUUAACAUUUCAUUUAAAAUUUCAACAAAAAAGAACUUUCUGUAUUAUUUGAAAAAAUAUUUUGAUGUCCCUGUGUAUGUCAUUUAAAUCACUGUUUGAAUUGUCUACUACCCAUGUUAAAAAAAUCUCAGCAUGGCUGUUAGAAAUGCAAGGUACAUAUAUUUUUUUUUUUUUUUUUUUUGGCAGAAUUUCUAGUACAAUUUACUUGGUGUACUGUAUUUGGUUUGUAAGGCAUUAAGGUAUUUUUUGUAAGGUAUUAAAAUGAUAUUAUAAUCUCACAUACCCAUUCAUGUAGGUGAACAUGUAUAAAUAUUUUUUGUAUUAUUUAAAAUUAUACUUGUAUUCAGUUUCACUUAUAAACACCACUUCAUUUCUUCAUUUAAACUGUAAAUAUAUGGUACAUAAAAUGUGUUAUUCACUUCUACACUUGUCAAGGUUUUUCAAAUGAUAUUUGAAUUGUAGUUACAGUAUAUACAUGUAGUUACAUACGGUUUUCAUCUUCUGUAUACAUUAUCAGUAGCAGCAGUUUUAAUUUUUGAUGGGACUGUGUUGUGAGUAAGGCUUCACACCUGUGAAUGUUUUCCAGCGUAACAUUUCAAAUUGAUGGGUUGUUUGUCAGCGUCCCUUGUGUGAAUACGCUGGACUAUUUUAAACAUCAAGAACAUGUAGGCUAUUGUACUAUUUUUAGCUCGCCUGAAUUCUUUGGAACAGGUUUUUGUAAAGAAAAAGUUUGAGUUCUGCAUGCAGUUUUAAAUAGAUAGUUGAGUUUUAUUUUUAACAUGCUUCAAGGUAAAAAAGAAUUAAGACACCAAUUUGAAGUAUUUGCUGUCAGUAUUGUUGAAUGUAUUUUUAAUAUUGCUGUCUACAGAUUUAAAUUUUUAAUAGGGAGAAUACUGAAAUUUUUUUUUUAUUGAUUAUUAUAGGCAUGAAAAAUAUGGGUAUGGUUUUGAGGUUGUGAGAUAGGUCUGUGUUGAUAGAUCUAUACAUCUAUUUUUGAGGAGUUCUACCAAGGCUUGGUGCAUUUGUGUCCACAUCAAACAACAGUAAAUGUGCAGUGUGGGAAAUCUGGUUGGUCAUGUGGAUGGGAUGUUAAAAUGCAUAAGCAUCUUGCUGUGGCAUUGCUAAACAACCCACUGAUAUUGAAACAGAAGCAUCAGAGUGUACAUGUACCUAUGUAUAGUGAUUAUCCAUAUUUUGCUGAAAGAGGCAAUACCAGAUAAUUUUGUCACGGCAAAUUCAACUGAAUUUUUUGCUAUUUUAGAAUAGUCCAGCUGAUUACCUUUCACAAAAUAUCAGUCUCAUCUGUGCAUGUGUUACCAUUCAAAAUCAGCCGUGAAGUUCCUAAAAUUAUGAAGCGGGUCACAUUGUAACUUUUCAAACUUUAGAAUCAUAUUAACAAUAUAAAUAACACAGGUACCAGUGUGAUAUUUGCUGAUAGACAAUAAUUUGAGCUACUCUGGUAGAUACAGAAAAUUUGAUUUAAUCAGCGAAUAUGGAUUUUUUUGGCCAAAAAUCACCUGUAUCACACCUUUAAAUAAAGGUGUAAAGGUUGAUGUGAGUUCAACAUGUAUUUGGAGAGGUUAAGAUUUUUUUUUUUUUUUUACGAGUAUGUGAUCUGUGAGGAAACUGUUCAAAACACAGGUAAACGUCACAACAGACUCUUUAAAUUAAAAAAUUUAUAAAACAAGUUACAGGAAUCGGACUUAUACAACAGGGCUUAUGUUAAUAUAACCUAGGUAGCAUUUUGGAUCAGUAUAAGGCGGACAUGCUUAGUAUUUUCAUUCAGUAUCAAUUGUAUAAAAUAUAUUGGUAGGCUUUCUUAGUUUGGUGUAGUUAGAGAAAUGUAGCUCUUGAAUUAAUGUUACAGUUGUACAUUCCAGAAAAUGAGAACAUUUAUUUCCAGUGUAUGGCUGUCAAUGUUGGGCUAUGUUAUUGAAUAUAAAACUGAAUGAGGAGGAUAGCACAAUGGCCCAGGAGCCUCUCACUAAUGCAGUCGCUGUGAGUUCAAGUCCAUGUCAUGCUACCUUCCUCUCCGGACGUGUGUUAAACCCUGCAGCCUUGGUCACACCUGGGGUAAAAAGACGUCCCUUAAUCCCAGGUCAUGCUUGAAUAAAUGUACCAUACGUAAAAUUCAGCUUAGGCUAUUCAUAACCUGGGCUUGUCUAUCUCUCACUCCAGCCAGUCAGAAUCAAUUCUUUAUCCCUUAAAGUUUGUAUUGUCCCUUCUGAACUGAUUUAAAUCAUACACCUGUGUGUUAGCUCCUAUCUUUAUGGGUUUAAUUACAUAUGCAUUUGCUAUUAAAGUACCUUAUAGAUUUUC